UAUCGCUCCGUAGGUCGCGUAUUUAAAUCUUUUUUUUCGGAUAGAAAUAGUCUUUAAAUUACGAGCCCUUUCUUAAAAUAGUUGUAAAUAGCUAUCGGGAUUAAAUUAAGAAAAAUCUAUAUUGAAUGUCGAUUGUGAACUUGAAACACUUUUUUAAAUGUAUUGUACAUCGAUAAAUACCCCUUCAACUUAUAAUAUAGGUUAGAUUUAGACUUCGAAAAGAAAUUAUUUUAUUUAUCUUCUGAGUAAAGUUAAGUUCUAUUUUUCUCUCACGUGAUAAGAAGAAAAUGAAAAUAUAAAGUUGUUUUAUACAAUGUAAGAAAAAGAGAAAUAUAUUUAAGAGAUCUAUCAGAUUUUUUCUACGAAAAUAAAAAAAUACAUCAGUGCGCGGGAAAUAUACGGUUUAUGGAUAUCCAAAACAAAAGACAGAAGAUUAAAAAUUAACACAAUUUCUUAUUUCGGAUUAUUUUUUCAACUCUAUUGUUCGGCUUGAAACAAUUUUAAAUUAAAAUUUUAAUAAUCAACUUUAGGGCAAAAGAUGAAAAACAUUAUUUAAAAAUUAUGUUACAAACUCAUACUUUUCUGGUGAUACAAAACUCUUGUGACUAUUGUUAUUGGCUGGAAAACUACUAAGUGUGUGUCGUCUGCUACAUUGACUCAUUACAAAUGUUUCAAUUUAUAUCUAACAUGUGUUGGAUGUAAAACAAUAAAUUAUGUUGCUAUAUACAUUAAUCGGAGGUUAUGUAUUAACAUCAAUGAUACUUUUUAAAUAUCCAAGAUUGCUGCAUAAAAAGAAAAAAAUAAAAUUCAAUUGUCAUCAUAUUAGUCAUAGAGGUGGAGCAGGAGAAAAUUAUGAAAAUACAAUGUCCGCUUUUCGACGAGCAGUGGCUAUUGGUACUGAAAUGUUAGAAUUAGAUUGUCAUCUUACUAAAGAUGGUAAAGUGGUUGUAUCACAUGAUCAAAAUCUAUUGCGUAGUACUGGUACCAAUAAGAACAUUUCCGAAUUAAAUUAUAAAGAGUUACCACCAUUAAAACCACGUCUUCCAAUUGAUUUUGAUCCAGACAUGGAAUUUAUUGGUUCUGCAAAUGAAGAUGAAAGGCGUUUUCCUUUAUUAAGAGAAGUAUUUGAGGCAUUUCCAAAUAUUCCUAUUAAUAUCGACAUUAAGAUAAACGAUGAUGAACUUAUAAAGCAAGUUUCUGAUUUAAUUAUAGAAUUUAAACGAGAGGAAUAUACAGUUUGGGGUAAUUUUAGUGAUGAAAUUACACGUAAAUGUUACAAAAUGAAUCCAAAUGUGAAUCUAUUAUUUUCUAUGCGACGUGUUACAAUGUUAUUAUUUCUCAUGUAUACUGGAUUGUUACCAUUUGUACCAUUAAAGGAGACACAUCUAGAAAUAUUUUUACCUUCUAUUUACUUACAACGGAAGAAUAGAUCAAAUCCAACGAUCUUACCAUUAGAAAAACUAGUUGUACGGACUAUCAGUGUACUCUUAAUGAGACCAUGUUUAUUUACACAUUUAAGAGCACGUGGAAUACAUGUAUACUUUUGGGUCUUAAACAAAGAUGAAGAAUUUAAGAAAGCAUUUGAUCUUGGAGCAACAGGAGUAAUGACAGAUUAUCCUACAAGAUUAAAAUUAUUUUUGGAGAAUUAUGCCUUAGAAUAAUAUUGCCUGAUUUCUAAUAGGUUUAUGAAAUUAAUAUAUUAAAAAAUAUUUACUGUUUCGUAUUAGUGCAUUAAUAUGUAUAUCUUAUUUUAUAUAAGCAAAAGAAAAAUAUUUUCAAUUUUUAAUUUUAUGCACUAAUACCAAUCUAAACAAACAAACCAAUUAAACAUACCACAAACUGCAGAAAUAACCCAAACGCACUUUAAACCGCACAGUACAUUUUAAAGCUGUAACAAUUUAUAUAAAUUUAUAGAACUAUUAUGAGGCAUUUAGUUUAAAGUAUCUUUCUUGCUAUUGUACAAUAUUAGUAUAAUGCAUUUUUUAAAGUCUGCUGUAAUAUCUAAAAACUAUAAGAAAAUUACAAAUGUACAGUUUUAGUAUCAUAUUAUUAAACAGUAAAUAUAAGUUGCACUUUAAGUAAUUUGUUUCAAAUGCUUUAUGAAAUAUUAUGCAGCAAAUAUGUUACUUUAUUUUGUAUAAAAUUAAUAGACAUGAAUACUUUUUUUUAACAAUAUCACCUUGUAUAAGUACAUAUCUCGAUACUUGUCAGCAAAAAUAUGAUAAUAUAUUUGAUUAUAUCGUUAAUUAUAUAACUUUCAAAUUAUUAUUACUAUAAGGAUUUAUAAUAUUUUAUAAAAAAAUUAUUUUCCUAAUUAUCAUAUUGUGUUGAACACAAUUAUUUUUUAUAUUAUAAAUCACUAUCUGAACUCUGCUGGUAUGCCUUAAACAAUACAAUGGUGUAUUGUCUAUGAUAACGGAAUUUAUGAAACCAAUUUUAUAAAUAAGCAUUGUAAUGUAUUUCAUAACAUUUACCUAUUAUUAUUUAUAAUAGAAAAUGUGAACUUUAUAAAUACUAAAGAAAAAUAUGUAACUUAUAUUAUGUACAAAUUCAUGUAUCUUUGUAAUUUACUAUUUGUAAAUAAAAUUUAUUUCUUAUAUCUGUAUUAUCAUA